AUGAGCAAGACUGCAGCGGCGACGCAGGGUUCUCUACACGCAGCUCUUGAGACUAUAGGAACCAAAGCCUUCGACCCCACCAGCAAUGAUGCGUCUCGUGCAGAGGGCCAAAAAGAAUUUGGCGUGCUCAUAUCAAGGACGGGAACCUCGUCACUCAUUGCAGCGCUCAAUGCUUUGAUCAAGCCCAGCCGAGUGCCAAGAUGGUUGGCUCUAAGAUUUAUGGAUGUUCUCACAUUGCUGCCUCAAAGACCCGACGGUGUCAGAGCCACGCUAGAGUUUGUUUUCACAACUCAUCCCUCGAGCACCGUCAAGGCUUCCGAGGCUGCAGGUCCGCAGAAACGUGGCGCAAACAUCACUAUGGAGGCUCUGAAGAUAGCGGCCAACCUUUUGUCGGCACCACCAGCUGGUGUUCCGCCCAAGGAGUGGUAUCCGGGCAUAGCGCCUCAGCUCCUUGCACUGCUCGAUGGCACGGAGGGCUCGGACCUAGUCAAGGUCGCUUCCUAUGUGAUUGGAUUCGGCAUAUUAGGUAGGAGGCAAUUUGGUGCGCCGGGCACGGCAGGCUGGACAGCUUUCGCAACCCCGAUGCUUGCUGCCGUCAAUCCAUCCCUGUCGCCCGAGAAGUCGACUGGCGAGACACUAGUAUUCAGUGCAGGUCCCGACGAGGUCGUUGAUUUACAAAGAGAAACGGUCAUAGUACGAUCUGAUGACUUGGCCCAUGCACUGAAGCGUUUGACCGCACUUCUGAACUCGCAUCCUAAUCCUGGCUUGUCCACGAGGCUUCUCUCACCUCUUCUGAAGCCAUUAUGGGCACUCAGCUCGUGGCCUGAUGCGGACCAAGAAUGCAGCGAUGCCUUCUGCACCCCCGCUAAGAAGUUACUAACCAUCUACUUGAAGAUUUCAGGAAGCGCUGAGAGGUACACUGCUGUUAUUGAAGAUCUCUUGUACAAUGGAGACCGGCUUUCGGAUGAUACAGUAUGGCAGUAUGGCUCAGAAGGGUCGCAGAUCAAGGCACAACGUAUUCGCAACACCAGGUCUCAAGCUGGUAUUCAACUAGAUCUAGCUAGUUUAGGAGCCAAAGCUACCUCUCUUGUUGAGCUCAUGCAGGACGCUGCCUCCGAAGCCGACAUUUCGAAGGUUUUCCUAACACUCUUUCGGACUUCAUUCAGACAAGAAAAAUCGGCUCAGGCAAUCAAGAUCAAAGUCGACGAAGAGAAAGUUGAUGAUCCGAUGAAACGUAUUUUUGAAAUACAAGUUCUCCAGACUAUGAUGGACAGGAUACCUGAGAAGCUUGUGGCUGGCUCGAAGGGUCUGCUUGAGUUGGCUCAUCAGGUGCUGACUGAUUACGAUGCAUCUUCCGAGAACCCGGACUCUGUGGCAGUUGCACUGAGUCUUCUUAAUAUUGUUAUCACAGCUCCCAGCUUCCAGAAAUCGGACGUUGACGGCAGCCUUCUUGCGUCCAUCGAGGCAUCCCUUGGCAAAAUCAGCUCGGGGAAUCAUCAUGAUAUUUCACAGACGGCAAAUAAUCUUUCCCUGCUUCUAAAGUACAGAGAUGAGAUUGAGGACCCUUCUGAACGCCCGACCGCACCUACAGACCGUCAAGUCGAAGACCGCAAGACUUACAACCUAGCUCUAUCUUACAUCACUCAACUAGACUCUCCACCGCCUGUACGCUCCGAAGGUCUGAACCUCAUAUCAAACCUUAUUAGGGCCAACAGCCCUAUUCUCGACAUUCAAGGUGUUCUUGUUUUAUGUUCAUCCCUGCUAGGCGAGGAUGAAGACUACAUCAAUGCUCGAGUCAUGAAGCUCUUUGUUCAGCUUGCAGAGAAACAUCCAAAGUCUGUCAUCAAGGAACUGCUAGACCACUAUGUCGACGCCGACGAAAAGGCGAACGUGGAUACGCGUCUGCGCUUUGGCGAGACCAUCCUCCAGGUGACCCAGCGACUAGGCAAUAUGUUUACUGGCGAUGCCGCAACGCAGGUCGGCGAGAGCAUGCUCUCGACCGCCGGACGGCGCGGUCACAGGCCCAAAACGGAGGAAAGGCAGACCCGCGACCAGCGGCUGCGCGAGCGAAAACAAAAGGCCGCCGAGAAGGCCUGGGGAGGCGACGUGCCCGAUCUGAGCGAGCUGCAAGAGGAAGGAGGAGGCCAGGAUCAGAGCGAGGAGGAAAAGGCCAGGAAUGACAUCUUGGCUCAGAUCCUGCAGGGCUGGGAGAGCAAGCGCGGCAGCGAAGAUGUCCGUAUCCGCGCCUCUGCGCUCUCGGUCUUCUCGAUUGGCUUGGAGACCAACAUCUCCGGCUACGGCUCUACCCUGGUCGAGGCCAGCGUCGACUUGUGUCUCAAUAUCUUGACCAUAGAGGCCGAGGUGGAAAAAGCCAUCCUUAGGAGAGCCGCCAUUAUCCUCGUAUUGACGUUUGUUCGAGCGCUCGCCGACGCCAAGGAAUCGGGCAGGCGCCUGGGGUUCGGACUGACGGAUGCGAGUCGCGAAGAUAUUACGAGGAUAUUGGAAUAUGUCGCGGGCGCGGAUAACGAUGGGCUGGUUCAGCAGCACGCGCGGGAUGUGGUGGAGAGUCUGCAGAACUUCCAGAUGGCCACCAUGUUGCCAGAGGCGAGAGAUCCACCGCCGGGAUUGGCGCACAUAGCAGGUCUGAAUUUGGGCCGGCCUGAUCUACCUAGUUUGGAACCUCAGUCAAGACCGAGAAUCGAAGAGAUUGAAUAG